AUGAGCAAUGAGAUUGCGGUAAAAAAACUACUGUCAACUAUUUCGGCAUCUGUGACAGAAGAGGUGCGGUUUUUUGAAGACUGCAGCAGUAUGUUUGUCAGUGUCCGCAAGUGCGAAAGAAAAAGCGAAGCUGGAAAAUCACGAGGAGCAGUAACUGGUAAAAUUGCAAAUGGAAACGGAAGUGAGCAGCAGCAGGUGGGUUCCGGUGGAGAAACUGUUGGAGCUGAAGUUGCUGAAAAAAGCACAGUCGAAAACGAAAGUGAACAGCAGCAGGUAGAUUCCGGUGGAAAAGCUGAAGAUCCCGGUGGAGAAACUGUUGGAGCUGAAGUUGCUGAAAAAAGCACAGGCGAAAUCGGAAGUGAGCAGCAGCAGCUGGUGGAUUCCGGUGGAGAAACUAGUGGAAUCGAAGUUGAGCAAAGGGAAGAUGUUGUUUGCGCAGUUGAACAGGAACUGGAGAAAACUUUUGUUGAUGAUGAACUCAAAUCGCUAUUGGCUCAAAUUGAUAGAAACCAACGAUGCACCGGCGCCCAGAAGUUGAAGGCAAAAAGAACACUGAAAUGCUGCGCUGAAAAAGCGAAACAAAUUGGCGUAAGCCUAAACGGCUACUUAGAGAAAAUUCGACCCCCAGAUCUCUAA